CAAACUGCCACAUAGCAGUCCCAGGCUCUAAUCCCUCUCUGAUAUCGAAUUGAUGUCUGGCCUCAGACAGAUCAGUUGAUGGCCUCUGGACUCCCACAUUCACCUCCCUACAGAGCGGCGAUGUUAGCCUGUGUGCUGCUUUCUCAAAUGCAAUCCCAAUAGCUGUGUAUUAUGUUGCACUUGCUCUCACUCUCGUGAUGACUGGAAAUAUCUCUAGUUAGAAAGACGUGUCAUGUAAUACACACACGCAGAGCCUAUCUACAAUUUAGCCUAAGGAUUUUUUUCUGUUAUAGCUUCAGCUUUCUGUCAGAGGAAAGAUGAACCUUGUGUGCAUAAUGAUCAGCAUUUUCAGCAGCGAUCACCAAUUCUGCAGACUUUUGCUUAUGAGCAUGCUCCCAACAUCUAUCCGUUAGAGAAUAAACACUUACCCAAACAAAUUUUCAGAAGUUUGUCCAAUUGUACGUUGACAGGAUUAUUGAAAAUAUGUUUUUCCAACAGAGAGCAGAAAAAGAAAUCGUAAGAUUUAAAUUGAAAUGUGAAGAUCUAAACAUGGGGAAAUUUGAAGUACACCGGACAAAAGACUGGUAUCAGGCUUUACUGUGCUCUUGCCCAAUAUAUAAACCAUUUUUUUGCUGAUCUCCUGCACAUAUUCACUAGAAAUGCCUGUGUAACUGUGGGCUUUGCAAGGCAAACCAAACUAUUAAUGCAGUAAAUUCUUAGAGUUAACCAAUGCUAGCCACUGCCUUCUUUAUCUUUCGUACAUCUCCAGGUGCCCCCUCUUACUUUGUUGUACAUCUUGUCUUUGCCCGUACAUUCCACUGACAGUCUUUGCAGCACUGUUUAGUUCCUGAAACAUCAGAGUGCCGCUGGUAACAAACCCAUGACGCAGUUGCUAUUAAAUCCUAUAUGUGCUACAUUUUUAUUUGCAGACAUGCAAAAUGCUCUUAGUUAUCUGCAUCACUGUACAACUAAUGAUGUGCACGCUCCUUGCCCUGAAGAGCCCGGACAUUUAUCUUGCACAGUUCAGGAUACACAGUGGUAGGAUAUACACGGGUAAAGUGUUGCAAGGGUAACUUUUCAAACCCUGAGCCCAAGUGCCCUUCAGAAACACAUUCUAAUUUCCUCUUAAAUUAGAGAACUUGAAAUUAGGAAUGCUGUUUUCUAUAGAUUCUUUUCAAUUAAACAUAUUUAAGUCAGGAAAAUAAAGUGAUGAUGCAAGAGAGAAACUUUCCAGACAUUUUAUAUCAUGUGACUCAAACAUCACACGCCAAGCAAUGGAAUUUUUUUCCCUCCAGGUGACAUAUCUGAAACAAGUCCCUUCACUUAAUUGAAAGUACUCAAACAUGUUUAUGCUCACAGACUAUAGGAAAGCAGCUUGCUCCAGGCCCUUACUGCAGCCUCAGAGCCACCCGUGCAUAUUCACAUUUCUUCCAAAAAGCUGAAAAAUGAGCACAAUGACUACAUCAAAACUUCACAGAAUGUAAUUCUGUGCUGCAAAUCCAGCAGAAAACUCAAAUCCCGCCCUCUUUAUUUCUGUGAUAGAACCCUACGGAUUCCCUUGGAUAUGAACCUCAUUCCAAGUGAUUCAAGGUGGUGCUAAACCAAGUUCAGUGAAAUGAUUGAAGUGUUGCUCAUAGUAUCAUUAGUCUGCAAAGGGUUACCAUGCUCUAGUCGUGGCAGGAAAUUUUCUUCAAAUGAAAUUCCUCAGGAAUAUCAUAUUGGGGAAAGGCACUUCUCAAUCACGUGUUCAUAGAGGGAUCUGUAUUUUUUCUGUAUUUUUUGUUGUUGUUGGUUUUUUAAUUGAGGAACAAAAAAGGUUGAAAGCCUCUGUAAUCUGUGCCUCAGUGUCCCAUUUUCAAUAGUAGGCAACCUAUCGUGAUACACUAGACCAACCCCUAGCACCAGCUCAAGAUUCGCUACUCCUAGUCCUACCAUCUGUCCUCUGCUGGUUAUCUUUUUCCAACAGUGUGUGAAAUAACACCCAGCUUCAAGCAACAAGACUAUUAAUCAAAUGAGAUAUGAGAUAUGUGAGAAGAUAAUGUGCAAGUUCAACAAUGAAGAUACUAGCUUUCUAUUCAUCAUCUGUCAUACACUGUUUCCAGGAUCAAGUCUAAUACUUCUUUCUGUACACCUGUAAAGCACACUGGGAACUAGAGAUCCCCACAGAAAAAGAGCAGGAACACGGUAGAAUAGAACAGUCUCUUCAAAUUUUAACAAAGUCUUAACUAAACAGGGUUUUAUUUUUUUUUAAAUCAAAGAAGAAUUCUUUGAACAGGUGUUUUUUCUGUCUCUAAAAGAUGCAUGCAGAAAUGAUAGUUUAGCUGUUCCUCUAAGUUAUUAUUUAGUUUGCAGUUUUUAAUAACAGUGGAUUUUUCUGCUUUCCUAAAACAUAUGACUCCAGCUAUAUAUAAAUAUAAUAAAAUUACUACUUUAGAUAAGCUGAAAAAAAUCUACAAGUUUGAAGGAAGAAUGCUUUCAAUUAACUUGCCUUGUGUCUUUCUAGCCCUGAAAAUCAAAAAUGUCAAUUGGCAAUCUAAACUAAAUAAAGCUGCUCAUCACACCUCUGAUUACAGCAGCACAGAAGCAAUCUUGAGGAGAGGACAGGCCUUCGGCAUCACUCUGAACCUCCAAACAACAGUGCAAUCUGGGGACAACUUCACCUUUAUUGCAAGCACAGGGCCAUCUCCAGCAGAAUCACAGCAGACCAAGGCCAUAUUUAACCUUUCUGAGGAGGGUGCCAGUGGCUGGAGCGCAACCCAAGAGCCCAGUGAGCCCGGCUGCAUGAACUUCACGAUAUUCAGCCCAGCCAAUGCUGUCAUUGGACGAUACAAACUCAGACUCCAGAUCGUUUCUGGGAACAAGGUCUCUUCAACACUCCUGGGCCAGUUUGUGCUACUCUUCAAUCCCUGGUGUCCAAAUGAUGAUGUCUACAUGGCUAAUGAAAAGGAGCGACAGGAGUAUGUCCUGAAUGAUAGCGGAAUCAUAUUUCAGGGGCUGGAAAAAUAUAUUCAACAAGAAGCCUGGAACUAUGGACAGUUUGAAGAGGAUAUCCUUGAUAUCUCUUUGGCGAUACUGGAUCGAAGCCUGAACCACCGCCAAGAUCCAGCUGUUGAUGUAUCCAACCGAAACAAUCCUAUCUACGUGAGCAGGGUUAUCAGUGCUAUGGUUAACAGCAAUGAUGAAAAAGGAGUAGUGGAAGGGAAGUGGAAUGGAAAGUACUGCUCAGGAACCAACCCCUUGCAGUGGAGUGGAAGUGUGACCAUCCUUCGAAAGUGGUACAGGGGGAGAUACAAACCUGUCCGGUAUGGCCAGUGCUGGGUCUUUGCAGGAGUAACGUGCACAGUUCUGAGAUGCUUGGGAAUACCUACUCGUGUCAUUACAAACUUCAACUCUGCCCAUGACAGGAAUAUAAAUCUGAGUAUUGAUAAGUACGUUGACAUUUCUGGAAAAACCCUGCACUUGACUGAAGACAGUGUGUGGAAUUUCCAUGUCUGGAAUGAAAGCUGGUUCAUUAGAAGAGAUCUUGGCUCUUUUUAUGAUGGAUGGCAGGUUCUGGAUGCAACACCCCAGGAAAGAAGCAAAGGUAUAUAUCAGUGUGGUCCUGCCUCCACUAGAGCCAUUAAGGAAGGGGAUGUGAACCUGGAUUAUGACAGCUCAUUUGUGUUUGCAGCAGUGAAUGCUGACUAUGUUACUUGGAUUCACUAUAACAACAAAAGAAAAGAGAGAAUUUAUUCUGAUACUAAGAAGAUUGGAAAAUUUAUCAGCACCAAAGCAGUGGGCACCAACUCCCGUGUGGAUAUCACUGAUACUUACAAAUAUCCAGAAGGAUCCCUGAAAGAAAGGCAGGUGUAUAAAAAAGCACUGAAGCUGCUUGGUGUGAGAAGCAGUGGGAAAAGAACCAAAAUUACAAGACCUAGAAGACGAUCUUCAAUAGCAUGGAGACAAAAUGUGACACAGCCUGCACAAAACCCCAGUAUCUCAGGGAAGCUGAUCCUUGAUGCACCUCCUGUAAUUGGCCAGGAUAUCCUCCUUACCUUGGCACUCAGGAACUUGAUCUCAGAUUUCAAGACCGUAAAGGUUAAACUGAGGGCUUCAGCCAUUCUGUACACAAGAAAACCGAAAGCAGAGAUUUUGCAGUUGUCUAAGUCUGUUAAACUUGGAUCUGAAGAAGUGAAAGAGAUUUCAUUCACGAUCUCCUAUUCCCGAUACAAAAACUCUCUGAUGGAUGACAGGAAGAUACUAGUAACUGCUGUGUGUGAAACCAAACAGGGAGCCUCACUUCUAGUGGAGAAAGAUAUUUUACUUCAGGAUCCUUUUCUCACCAUCAAGGUCCUUGGUCCAACAGUGGUACACAAGGCUGUUAAUGUGCAGGUCACCUUUACCAACCCACUGUCUGAAGUGGUGACAGACUGCAUGCUGAGAGCAGAAGGUAGCGGCCUGCUCAAAGAGCAACUCAGAAUCAAUGUGGCAAGAAUGGCCCCCAUGGAGAGCUCAACAGUCCAGUUUGAAAUCAUCCCCUACAAGAGCGGCACCAGGCAGCUUCAGGUGGAUUUGGUUUGCGCACAUUUUUCAGACAUUAAGGGAUUUGUGAUGCUUGAUGUGGCUACUGCUCAGUGACACAACCCGUACAUCAGUUCAGUUUUGUCUCCUUCUAUGAGACUGGUACAGUGUUCAUACAUUACUAUGACUGGGAGCACAGAAAUGCAGACUAGUCAGCCAAAGUAAAGCGAAGUAAUAUGAACAGAAAUUAAUGAAAAGGUACUAUACACUAUACUG